AGAGGAUGGUGGCCCGAUGGUUAGUGGCUGUUGUAGUGGUGAUGGUGGCGAUAGUGGCUGCUGAUGACGACGGCCUUGAGUCAGACCCGACCUUAUCAGCUGACGAAGAUCAGCUCGUCAAGCAGGUAGUCUGGAAGCGGUGUUACCGCAAGCUCAGUCCCGCCUGCCUCAAGCUCAACCUGGUCCGCACAGCAGAAAUCAUGUCCAAGGGCUCGGCCCUCUCUUUGAUCCCCGGAGUUUACCUCUCUACUAACUCCUCGGAGACUUCCCAGCUACCGCCGGAGCUCGCCCGGAGCCUCUCCUCAGACCUCGCCCCUCUGGAUGAUCUGGUAGCCUUCUCACUCAGAAAAUACUUGAGGUCUCUCACUCUAAACGUCAACAUCGCAGACCUUUUAUCAGGAGGGAAUACAACCAUUCAGAACACAGUUAUUGAUUCUGUAACAGGUCGAAAAAAGGAGGGUCUUGGAGGAUACGGAGCAGUAGCAGCGAUGAUGGGAGGUAUGAUGGCGACCAUGAUGAUGGCAGGGCUCGCGGCGUUGGCUGGCAAGGCACUGAUGACGUCACUUGCUGCUCUGAUGAUGGCAGCGUUUGCUGCGAUGAAGGGCGGAGGAGGUGGAGGAGGAGAGACCAAGACCUACGAAGUGAUAGCUAAACCUAUCGUCAGUCACGUCAACACACACUCAUCAGAGGUCCAACACGACCACCACGGUCACUACCACAAGAGAAGUGUGGACCUGGGGCCUGGGCAUACUCACAAUAUAGUGUCAACCUCUGAUAUAAUUAGAAGUGGAUACCCUCUCCAGAACAGUGACGAUACAUACCUUUGGACUCUUGGCUUAUUUCGUUAGCAAAUGUUUUGUUAAUUAUAUACUAAUCUACAAAUUCAGCCAGUGAAA